UACAAACUCCCACAAACCCCAAAUCCUAAAUCUCAUUCCAAGUCUUACCUCUCUCUAGCUCUUUGAUCUCUCUCUCUCUCUCUCUCUCUCUGAUCUCUCUCUCUCUCUCUCUCUCUCUCUCUCUCUCUCUCUCUCUCUCUCUCUCUCAGUAGCACAGGUUGUAGAAGAUGAAGGAUGGAGGAGAGAAAAGAUAUGCUGUUCUUUUGGCGGUAAAGGAUUCUGAGUACGUGAAGAAAGUAUAUGGUGGAUACUUCAAUGUGUUUAUUGCAGCUUUUGGGGAAGAAGGAGAGAGGUGGGACUUGUACAGGGUUGUAGAGGGGGAGUUUCCUGACAUGAAUGAACUCCAAAACUAUGAUGGUUUUGUGGUUAGUGGCAGCCCUAGUGAUGCGUAUGCCAAUGAUUACUGGAUUCUCAAGCUCUGCUUGCUCUUGCAAACAUUGGAUGCCAUGGAGAAAAAGGUCCUUGGGAUUUGCUUUGGUCACCAGGUAUUGUGCAGAGCACUGGGUGGAAAGGUGGGUAGAGCCUAUACAGGGUGGGAUGUGGGGCUGAGGAAGGUUAGCAUAGUGAAGGAUUUGGCCCCUGCAUGCUGCUUCCUUGAUGAUGAAUUGGGUGACAUCCCAACUUGCCUUUCCAUUAUAGAGUGCCAUCAGGAUGAGGUAUUUGAGGUGCCUUUAGGAGCUGAAGUGAUUGCAUUCUCAGACAAAACAGGUGUGGAGAUGUUCACCAUUGGAGACCAUGUUUUAGGCAUGCAAGGCCAUCCUGAGUACACCAAGGACAUCCUUCAAAAUCUCAUCGAUCGCCUUUUCGAUAUGGAUGCUUUUGAGAGAGGUUUCGCCGACAAAGUAAGGCUUGGAUUGCAGACAGCUGAACCAGAUAGGAAGUGUUUGGAAAGGAUAUGCAGGAACUUUCUCAAGGGAUGAUAGUUUCACCUCCUUUCUCACUGACCUGCACGGCGUUUCUCUAUUUUCCCCUCAUGUUGUUCUCUUUCUCUUCUCUUUCCUCUAAUAUUUUUCUCAACAAAAAUGUAAUUAUUAAGUAAUCUUGAAAUAUAGACACAAGGUACUCUUUAUAUCAUCAAUUAUUUUGACAAUUUAA